AUGGAGCAGUCAGUCAGUGAGCUAACCAACUUGCUACAGAGAUGGGAAGAUAAAAUGACGACCCCUAACUACAACCCUAUACCGACGUUGAUCAAAAUGAAUGAUAAAUGUGGAAACUGUUUCAAGCUCAGAUUUCUGUGCCCAUGUGUCCAUGGUACGGAAACAAAAAAAUAUCGUAUAAAAGACACAGAUAAUUUUGAUGAUCACCAUCCAUCUCGAAUAGACCCUAAUUGUGUAUUGGGCAAGAUGUAUGAGGUUUUGUUUCGCAGAGAUUCUUUAAUGAAUAAGUUACUAAUGGAUUAUUUAAAAGAACAUCAUUCGCCAAGACAAACUGAAGAUGACCACAAUUUAAAUGUUGCUGUGUGUAGGCUUAUAAUGAAUCUCAUACCAGGUUUAGAAACAACUGUUGUAUUUGAAAGUGGUGCAAAUGAUCGACUUAUUCAAAGGUUAUUCACUUGGGCAGAAAAUUCUAAUGACCCAUUGCAAACUUAUGCAACAGGAUUAUUGGCAUCUUUUAUGGAGUUGACAGACACUGCUACUAAUUUUAAAGACAAUAAUAAUAAACUUGUACCGAUUAUAUUGGAUCGUCUUCAUUCAUAUUAUACUAAAUUUUGUGAAGAAACAGAAAUUAAUCAAAGCACGCAGCCAUAUCAAAAUACAAAUAGUGAGCAGCCUAAUGAUAAUACAGAUGCUCCAUCUUCAAAGAGGAAAAAAAGAGAAGAAAAUGGUAUUUGCAGUGAUAUUAAUUCUUCCUAUCCAGAGUCUAUUGCAAGUAAUUGGAUACAAAUCUAUUCACCUACUUUGACUACAAAAUUAGUUUACUGUCUCAAAUAUUUAGUACCAACUGGAGAAUAUCAAGAGUUCUUAAGCCAUACCUACGGGAAAAAUGCACUCAACUUAGUAAUGAAAAUAAUUAAUUCUUCAGAAAAACAAAAUGGUUAUAUAACUUUUGAAGCAUUAAAAUACUUAACUGCUCUUUUAUGCCAUAAAAACUUUGUCACUGAAUUUAUUGACUCACAUGGAUUACAAGUUUUAGUUACUUUAAUGACUAUCAAAACACCAAUUACUCAUGUUGACACUAUACGAGGAUUAGCAAGUCGUGCAUUAGCUGGAUUGGCUCGCAGUGAAUCAGUUCGCCAAAUUAUCAGGAAAUUACCUUUAUUUAACAGUGGCCAAUUACAAGGUUUAAUGGAAAAUCCUGUAUUACAAGAAAAACGUCAAGAACAUGUAACAUUUCAAAAAUAUGCUUUAGAGUUAAUUGAAUUAGUUUCGGAAGAAAAAAAAAGUAAUGGCGCAUCACUGACAUCAUUGGAAAAUAUAAAUCGAGCAAAUGUUGUUGCACAAACUGAAAUUAACUACAAAGAACAACAAUUUCACUUUUUAUUGUAUCAACAUUAUAUGAAAAAAGGUUGGUUCUCAACUGUAGAAUCAAUAGCACGAGAUACAAAUCUUAAUAUAUCCGAGAAAAAUCUUACGCCAUUUACAUAUAUUUCCUAUUGCUGUAAUCGGUCGUAUAGAGGAGGAAUAUCCCCUGUAAGUUCUAGACACAUGAUACAGUUCAAAAAACCUGAAUUAGCCAAUUCAUCGAACGGUCCUUUAGGUGCUGUAUUUCGUGCAAGCGGAAGAAAUUCAACUCCAAAACGUUUGAAUAUCAUUAGACGAUCAAAAAAUCUACCGAAACCGGAGCCAGAACAAGAAGGAAUGGCAGCAGGAGGGAUGAAUGAUAAUAUUACAAGUGGUAGCAACGUCAAAAUAUAA